UUUUUCCCUCUUUUUCCAUUUGUCAGUUCUGCUUUGUAUAUUCUAUUUCUUCUUUUCCUUUAUUCUUUUUGUGUAUCUAAACUAAUUGUAAAAGUUUGUGGUUUCGAAAACAAAAGUGAGAGACAGAACAUAUCAAUUAGAAAAAGCAGAACAGUAAUAGAAAAGAAUCAGCAAAAAUGGCUUCGAAAAGUUCAAAAAUGGCGAAUAUCGUCAAUUACAGACUUCGAAUUACUUUAAGUGAUUCUCGUAUAUUGACAGGUCAAAUGUUGGCAUUUGAUAAACACAUGAAUCUCGUGUUAGCCGAUUGUGAGGAAUUCCGUAAAAUCAACAAAAAGGCCAAAGACACUUCAGCAGCCAAUUUAGAACAAAAGAGAACAUUAGGUCUUGUCAUUCUUAGAGGCGAAACAAUUGUCAGUAUGAGCAUAGAUGGUCCUCCACCACCAAACAAUGAUGAUAUUCGAUCAAGAGGCCCUGGCUUAGCAGCUGGUACAGGUAUUGGUAGACCAAUGGGCCGUGGCUUGCCUGCUGCUCCCCCACCCAUGGGUGCUCCUAUGGCAGGUCUUUCUGGUCCAGUACGUGGUAUCGGUGGUCCUGCACCUGGUAUGAUGCAACCUCGACCUGGAUAUCAAGGCGCUCCCGUCGCCUAUGGACGUCCUCCUAUGCCCCCACAAGGUAUGCCUCCACCAGGCUUCCGUCCAGCUCCUGGUAUGCCUCCACCAGGCUUCAGACCUCCUCCUGGCAUGCCUCCACCAGGAUUCCGUCCUGGCAUGCCUCCUCAAGGUUUCCCUCCCGGCGGUAGAGGUGCUCCUCCACCACCACCCGGAAUGUAUCAACAUCCUCCACCUCCACCUCAAUAAACGCACAUAAACAAGCAGGCCUCAAAUCAGAUUUACAAAACGAAUAAAAAUAGGAUUUAUUGUCAACAGAAGAGGAUCCACCCACAGUACCAUCAUACUUAAGGCACAAUGAAUAUUACAUUUGUACCAGCUAUUGUUAUUUUAAUUAAAGGGAAAUCAGAGUCUUUCUUUUUGAAUACUAAAUACGCGUUGCUUGUUCCACUUUUAAAUGUUCCAUGACACUAAAACCUAUCCAUCAUUUCAGAAAAACAUUAUCUAUUUUAUAUCAAUUGAGUUCUUUAUCUAAACAAAAAUUGUAUACAGUUAAGAUCAAAGUGUAUAGAAAUAUUGUUCUUAGAAAUGGG